AGUUGCUGCAAUUAUGGCCAUUACGGGUAUCGUCAUGAUGGCAUAUGCAGAUAAUUUCCACACCGAUUCUAUCAUAGGAGUGGCAUUCGCAGUGGGCUCAGCCUCUACAUCUGCAUUAUAUAAGGUUUUGUUCAAGAUGUUUCUUGGAAGUGCCAACUUCGGUGAAGCAGCACACUUUGUCUCCAUAUUGGGUUUCUUCAAUUUGAUCUUCAUCUCUUUCACCCCGAUCAUCCUGUAUUUCACCAAGGUGGAGCACUGGUCCUCAUUUGCAGCUCUGCCAUGGGGCUAUCUGUGUGGGAUGGCCGGGCUGUGGCUGGCCUUCAAUAUCCUGGUGAAUGUCGGCGUGGUGCUGACAUACCCAAUCCUGAUCUCCAUCGGGACAGUGCUCAGCGUUCCUGGAAAUGCAGCUGUGGAUCUCCUGAAGCAGGAGGUGAUAUUCAAUGUCGUCCGCCUGGCUGCUACCAUCAUCAUCUGCAUUGGGUUUCUGCUGAUGCUGUUGCCGGAGGAGUGGGACGAAAUUACCCUGAGAUUCAUCAACAGCCUGAAGGAAAAGAAGAGCGAGGAUCAUGUGGAGGACAUCACUGACUCCAGUGUGCACCUGCGGACCAGAAGCCGGGCCAAUGGGACUGUGUCUAUACCACUGGCUUAACGAGGGACACAUUUUGGAUGCACGUGUAUGUAUAUUCUGUGAAUAUAAUAAAAUUUUCUCACUACCUGUACACUCAAAUGACAGUAUUAACUCUGAAUCUCAAUAAGUCAUAUGUGAAAUAAUGCCAAUGAUAAAAGUUUACAUUUAUAUGCUUAUCAAGGAACUGGUGUAAAUAAUCAUAAUAAAAAUUUUUUAUUAAAACAUAUUCAUCUUU